CAGGCCGCGGUAGAUAUCAUGGAGAACCAGGGCAAAUCGCUAGCUGAUCGUCCACGCAUGGUUGCUACUGGAGAUAUUUUAAGCGGUGAAUUCAACAUCGCCUUUGCACCUGUGAGGAAAGGUUUCGUUGAGUGCAGAGCACUUCAUGCGCAUCUACAGCCUAAAGCAGCUGAGGCUUAUCAGCCCCUGCAGAUAUACGCGAAGAACGUUGUCCUUGACAUCCUUGAUGUCCUGUCCCAUACAACUUGGAGAACCAUUUAUGCUGCGACGACAAUUACAAGAGUUUCAUGCGAGAAGAACACGUCCACGUCUGCAACUGAUCCCGAAGUCAUCGAAGUUAAUCAACCCGUCAGAAUGAUUGGUGCAAUCCUACGUCCUGGUGCUCAAUUGGUGGAUUCGAUCCCUUGGCUCAGAUACCUUCCUUGGUAUAGCCAGGACUUAAGAUGGUGGUUUGAACAUGAAGCUCGACGGUGCAACGUGGACAUCGGCCCUGCGCUCGCGAAAUAUAUGCUAGAAAGUGUUCACCUCUAUGGUUUGUCAGAGACUGAGAGGGCCUUCCUUGCCACUGCCUUUUUGGAAAUAUGCGGCUCAUAUCAGGGCCAGACUUCUGCGACAAUAUGCACGGUGUUCAUGGCUGCUGCGUGUUUCCCCCAGGAGCAUGCAAAAGUUCAGGCCGAGCUCGAUGCAGUCGUCAGAAGACACCGA